CUGCGCAGCAGCGGCGCAGCAGCGCACCCACGAACUCACCGCCACCACCGCCGGACUGGACCGAGCUAUGAUCGGAUAACGCACGGUGAAGGGAAGAGAACAUGACGGCAACAAAACGGGUCACAGCUGGACCCACUUCAAACGUAACGCUGCCGUGUGUAGUAACUUACUGUCGGGAGAGAAGCGGCGACAAAACCAGUGGGAAGAAAACCACAAACCUGAAGAGACACCUUCAGGUUCGACACACAGAAACUGAGGACGCAGACCUGACUGGACUAACACCUUUACAUAAGUCCGUCGUUCAGGCGGGACAGACUCUGAGGGCCACACGACCAGCCGACAUCAAACCCGGGAUGUCGCUCCUUGAGGAGCCGCUGUUUUCAAACAGUUCUCUGGAGACCUUGUCCUCUGCCUAUCCCUGAGCAUGGGGGACACAGUCCUCUCGGUUCCGUUCAGCCGUCGUCGUGGUGAUGAGCAGUAAUGAGUGUUUCGGUUGUGGCCGCAGUGGCCACUGGGUGAAGAACUGUCCGAGCGCCGGCCGAGGACGAGGGAAAGGUCGCGGCAGAGGCAAAGAUCUGUUCUGUUAUCGCUGUGGGGAGCUAGGACACGUUGCCAGAGACUGUGAGAGGACUGAGGAUGCCUGCUAUAACUGUGGCAGAGGAGGUCACAUCUCCAGAGACUGCAAGGAGCCGAAAAAGGAGCGAGAGCAGCUGUGCUACAACUGUGGGAAGGCCGGACACAUGGCGCGGGACUGCAACCACGCCCACGAGCAGAAGUGCUACUCCUGCGGUGGCUUUGGACACAUCCAGAAAUGCUGCGAGAAGGUCAAAUGCUACAGGUGUGGGGAGAUCGGCCAUGUUGCAGUGCACUGCAGUAAGGCGUCUGAGUUGAACUGCUAUAACUGCGGGAAGUCGGGUCACCUGGCCAAGGAGUGUACCAUUGAAGCCACCGCCUAGCUGCUGCACCCCCCCACCCCCACCCCCACCCUCUUUAAUCUCUUCUUUCUUUCUCUUUAUUCAUCCCUCUGAUCCUCCUCUUCUCAUUGGUCCAGAGGCCUGUCAGUCAGCCUCACAGCAGCCAGUCAGAGCGGGCAGCGGGAGGAGGAGGGGCGGACACUAAAAAAACAAAAGUUUCUUCUACAUUUCUUAAGAACAAACAGAAUCUGUGUUUUUAGUUUGGUAGCAAUGUCAUGAUGUACAAAGCUUUGUUUAAGAAUAUUUUCUGCCCAGCCGAUUGGCUGAGAGAGUAGAGCGAUUUAAAAAAAAAAAAAAAAAAAAAAAAA